AUGUCCGGACAAGACAAACAUAACUCGCCUGGGAAGUACACAGAGCUGAUGCGCCAAAGCAGAAGAUUUCGUGACGAUGAGGCUAAUAAGAUGAGUGGACUCGCUCCAUUAAGACCAAUCAUUAACUGGGGGUGUGGCAUCGAUGAAAUAGUCUGCCAAUCAACCGGUGAAUGUAUACCCAGUUACUAUUUGUGUGACGACUUUCCGGAUUGCCUUGAUGGGUUUGACGAAUCGGAUACUUUGUGCGAUUAUACCGUUGAAUGUGGACGUGGAGAGUACCAGUGUUCUAAUGGAAAAUGUAUACCACAUUACUGGGUAUGCGAUGGUUAUGGUGACUGUGAUGACAACGUUGACGAAGCGUCCUCUAUAUGUGCAGGUUGUAAUAUUGAACACAUGAAAUGCAUCGAUGGAACCUGUAUAUCAACAGAUAAGGCGUGUGAUGGGAUACCAAAUGACUGUCUAGACAAUUACGAUGACUCAAUAGAAUUGUGCAGAGAUGCUCAGACGACAUGCUCACAAUAUGAAUGUUCAACUGGAGAAUGCAUUAGCCAAGUACAGUUUUGUGAUGAAACUGCCGAUUGUGUCAGUGGUGAAGACGAGACAAACUGUGCUGCAUGUACAUUGACUGAAUUUACCUGCACUGAUGGCAGCUGCAUUCCUUUAUCUUUCUUAUGUGAUGGAAUAGUGGAUUGUUUAGAUGGCAGUGAUGAACAUUUAUUGACAUGUAAUAUCAGUCCAUGCACACCUCUUCAGCAUGAAUGCUCAACUGGUGAAUGUAUUUCUUCAAAUCAGUUCUGUGAUGGUAAUAUUGAUUGUUGGAGCGGUGAAGACGAGACAAACUGUGCUGCAUAUCAGGUCUGUGAUGGUAAUAUUGAUUGUGCCAGUGGUGAAGACGAGACAAACUGUGCUGCAUGUACAUUGAUUGAAUUCACCUGCACUGAUGGUGGCUGCAUUCCUUUAUACUACACUUGUGAUGGAAUAGUAGAUUGCCAAGAUGGCCUGGACGAGAUAUGUAUCGAACCUUGUCCAGACUAUGAAUGCUCAACUGGUGAAUGCAUUUCUUCAGAUCAGAUGUGUGAUGGCAUCAGAGAUUGUGAUAAUGGGGAAGAUGAGCUAGAUUGUCAUAGAUGUUUAGCAGCUGAAUUCAUCUGUGCAGAUGGAAGUUGUAUUCCUUUGAAAUACACGUGUGAUCGCAUACCAGAUUGUCUAGAUGGUGCUGAUGAACAUGCAGAACUAUGUGCAGUGUGCUCAAGUGAAGAAUUUCCAUGUGUCGAUGGAAGUUGUAUUCCUUUAUCUUGGCGUUGUGACAAGAUAGUAGACUGCCAUAUGUUUACUUGUGCUGAUGGUACAUGCGUUCCUUUAACUUAUAUCUGUGACACCAUUGUUGACUGUUCUGAUGGCACAGAUGAAAGCCAAGAAACUUGCUCAAUUCGUUGUUCUGCAGAUCAAUACGCUUGCGUGGAUGGAGAAUGCAUUGAAUCUUCACAGGCAUGUGAUGGCAUAAGAGAUUGUCGAACUGGUGAAGAUGAAAUGGGAUGUAGAGACUGCAGCAAUGAUGAAUUCGCCUGUUCAGAUGGUAGUUGCAUUCCAUCUGACUACUUAUGUGAUGGAUUAACUGACUGUCCUUCAGGUAUUGAUGAAACCACUUUCGCAUGUGAUGGAUAUUUAUGUUCUGAUUAUGUCUGUCAGUCAGGAGAGUGCGUAAUCCUUGCGAAGUUGUGUGAUGGAAUCGUAGAUUGUCUUGAUGGUGAUGAUGAAUUGGGUUGCCAAACUGAAUGUUUAGAGGUAGAGUUUACAUGUCCCCAAGGUGGUUGCAUCCCGUUGUCUUCUGUGUGCGAUGGAGUUGAUGAUUGUUCAAGUGGUACUGACGAGAAUCUUCUCAGAUGUGGUAGAUGUAUAUAUCAUGAAUGUAGAUCUGGAGAAUGUAUUGAAACACGUCAGUUUUGCGAUGGUACUCUGGAUUGCGCAAGUGAAGGAGACGAGCUAGAUUGCCCAACCCGAUGCUCAGACACUGAAUACACAUGUCUGUUUGGACAGUGUCUAUCAUCGACUCGUGUAUGUGAUGGUGUGCCGAAUUGUGUCACUGGUGAAGAUGAAAGCGCUAAUCUGUGUGGAUGCGAUGCUAACCAGUUCAAAUGUGAUAAUGAGAAAUGUAUCCUAGGAAAAUAUGUUUGCGAUGGUGACCUGGACUGUUCUAAUGGAGAAGAUGAAGAGGCGUGUGGUUGCGAUGAACUGAUGGAGUUUGAAUGUCCUACCACUGGUACAUGCAUUUUAAUUCUGCAGGUAUGCAAUGAUGUGCAAGACUGUGAAAAUGGAGAGGAUGAAAGACUAUUGGAAUGUCAAAGGCCUACUCCUACUCCAGAACCAAGCAUUGAAGGCAAGUGCAACUUUUGUUAG